GUCUUGUUGAAUUAAAAUGUGUUACGUGUAGAUUGUGGUGUUCAGUGGGGAAAUGCAUUAAAUACCUACAUUUCUUAACAUGAACAAUUGCUUAUUUACUUCUGAUCGCGCGACCGCGGUAUCUUCUGGUCAGAUGCGAGACCGGCGCUCACCAAUUGUCCGGCCAAGUAGUGAACGCUUUAACAACAAGGAGAUAAAGGCUACGUCAUGACGCCGGGAUUGGAUUUGCCAUAUGCCAUCACAAAUGUGUCGUCUGAAGAAGACAAGAUCAUCAAAAAGUGUCUAGUAGGAUACACAAGACCGUUCGUAAAGUGCGGUAAGCAGGGCUACGUGAUGUCCGGGGUGUUUAAGAAGCAUGCUGAGGCCAUCUACAACCUGCGGGUCAGGCCUGAUGACGUGUGGGUCAUUACUUUUCCCAGAUCAGGCACAACUUGGUCACAAGAGCUGGUGUGGUUGCUAGAAAACAACCUGGACUUCAACACUGCAAGAGAGAAACCUUUGUUUGAGAGGUUUCCCAUGUUAGAAAUCACAUCGAAAAUCCCAGAAAUAGCCGUAGAAUUGAUCAAGGCAGACUUCAUGAACUUGGGCAGUUUUCAAGGGCUGAACGAAGCGGUCAAAACCCCCAGCUGGAAGACCAUUGAAGAGGCUCCAAGUCCCCGGUUCAUCAAGACACAUCUGCCCUUGUCCUUACUGCCUCCAGACCUGAUAAACACUGCCAAAGUUGUCUACGUGGCAAGAGAUCCUCGAGACGUCUGCGUGUCCUAUUAUUAUUUACACAAGAUGGUUGCCAAGAAUUUGGCCAGAGCAACUAUGAUCAACUUCUGGGAAGCUUUUAGAAGAGAUCUGUUGCCGUGGUGUCCAAUAAUAGAGCAUACCAACGAGGCAUGGAAACAGAGGAGUCAUCCCAACCUCCACUUCGUGUUCUAUGAAGAUCUGAUUAAGGAUCUGCCAUACGAGAUAAGAAGGAUGAGCGAGUUCCUGGGGAGGCAGACGACGGACGCCCAGGUGAAGCAGCUGGCCUCCUUCCUCAACUUCAACACCUUCAAGAAGAAUAAGAGCGUCAACAACACCACUGGUGACAACAAUCCCGUGCAGUUCGUGAGGAAAGGUGAAGCAGGAGGCUGGAAGUCACAUUUCGACGACAAAAUGACGCUGCAAGCUGAGGAGUUCCUUAUAGAGAGGCUAAAGAGUACCGAUUUAGAAUACCCCUCCUUUCCGAUGCGUGAGACAACUACCCUAUAGACGUAGGCAUAGAAUAGGGAAUAAUACUAGAUACGUAUAGAAUGGUAACUCUCCGCCCCGCACCAAUUCACCCCCACCCCCCACAACCCUCUCACACCCCCUUUGUGUCGUACUUUAGUCUUCAAUGACCCGCGCCUAUCUGUCUCACUCGCACUAACGCGAUAAGACGGCACUCGGUAAGAAUGAGAUUUUUGCAUGGAGUGUCCGGGGUGUAAUGUAAAUUAAGAUUUCAUGCUGCGGCACGGGACUUCCCUAUGUAUGGAUAGGGAGAUCGGGC